AGCGCCGCGAGCGGACGCCCGACGGAGGCCGCCGCCGGCCCCGCCUCGCCCCGCCAGGUCGCGGCUCCUCCCCGCCUCUCUGACUCAGCGACCCGGCCCCCGGCUUACACAAAUUCCACGGCCGGUGUCGAGUUGAGGCCGCUCGCCGUGGGGGUGAGGGAGAGAAGUGCCCGCCCCAAGGAGACGGGGCGCUCGGUGAGGGCGUGCUUGAGGGGAUUCCUUCCUCCUGAGGGAGCAGGGCCGGCCGCAGCAACCCUGUCGCUGACGGCGACUUACCUGGGCGGCCGCCUCUCUCUCCUCCCUCCCGGAGUUGGUCGCUUCGGCAGAAAGGGAGUGGAGACCGCCUCGCCCCUUCUCGUCGAAACUUUCCGCCACCGCCCACGCCAGGGCGACCUGGACAGCACUGGUCACAAACUUCUGGGGGAAGACUCAUGCUUCACGCAGGACUGUGGGCCGCAGAGCAGAUUUCCGUGGAUACCAAACCUCAAAACGCAGCAUCAGUCUUUUCAUGAUGCUUGAAAAUCUGAAGCAAACAAUGAGAUUUUGAAAAGAAAUCCAGCAUGGCUCAGUUCGCUUGACCCUUGGAAAAUCUAUAAUGUCCUCUGGAACCAGUAUCAGCAGAAAUCGGCAGGCUCCAAGCCUGCAGGGUGUUGACCCAGAAACAUGCAUGAUAGUGUUUAGAACGCACUGGGCACAGGUUCUGAAAAUCUUAGAGAAGCAUGAUCCUUUGAAAAACACUCAGGCAAAGUAUGGGGCAAUUUCACCUGAUGAGGCCAGCACUGUUCAGAACUAUGUGGAGCACAUGCUUUUUUUAUUAAUUGAGGAGCAAGCAAAGGAUUCCUCAAUGGGGCCUAUUCUGGAGUUUGUGGUUUCAGAAAACAUCAUGGAGAAGCUUUUUCUUUGGAGCCUGCGUCGAGAGUUCACUGAUGAGACGAAAAUGGAGCAACUCAAAAUGUAUGAAAUGCUGGUAACCCAGUCUCAUCAGCCUUUGCUGCAUCAUAAACCCAUCUUGAAGCCUUUGAUGAUGUUGCUAAGUUCCUGCUCAGGAUCAGCCACUCCAACAGUGGAAACGGAGUUGGUCAUCCUCUUGAACCAGUUAUGUUCUAUAAUAGCCAAAGAUCCUUCCAUUUUAGAGCUGUUUUUCCACACCAGCGAGGACCAAGGAGCUGCCAAUUUCCUCAUAUUUUCCUUGUUGAUUCCCUUCAUCCAUCGAGAAGGAACAGUAGGCCAACAGGCUCGUGAUGCACUGCUUUUCAUAAUGUCUCUGUCUGCAGAAAACAACGUUGUUGCAAACCACAUAGCAGAAAACACCUAUUUUUGCCCCGUGCUAGCAACAGGACUAAGUGGCCUCUAUUCAUCUUUGCCUACAAAGUUGGAAGAAAAAGGAGAAGAGUGGCACUGUCUUCUGAAAGAUGACUGGCUCUUGUCACCAGCUCUUGUACAAUUCAUGAAUUCCCUUGAAUUUUGCAAUGCUGUGAUACAGGUGGCACAUCCCUUGAUACGCAACCAGCUUGUGAAUUACAUUUACAAUGGAUUUUUGGUGCCAGUAAUGGCUCCUGCACUCCAUAAGGUGACUGUGGAAGAAGUGAUGACUACCACUGCGUACUUGGAUCUCUUUUUGCGCAGUGUUUCAGAGCCAGCCCUCCUCAAGAUUUUCCUCCGCUUUAUUUUGCUGCACCGACAUGAAAACGUGCACAUCCUAGACACUCUGACCAGCCGCAUUAACACACCAUUCCGGCUCUGUGUGGUCUCCUUGGCAUUGUUCAGAACACUCAUUGGCUUGCAUUGUGAAGAUGUGAUGUUACAGCUCGUUUUAAGGUAUCUAAUCCCGUGUAACCACAUGAUGUUGAGCCAGCGGUGGGCUGUGAAAGAGACAGACUGUUACUCUGUAUCUGCUUCAAAACUUCUGGCCCUGACCCCAACUUGUUGCUCCACUGGGAUCACCUUGACACUUGAAAGCCAAGGAAAGGAUUAUAUUUUAUGGACAAAAGCAGCACAAACUGAAGAUUCUGGUAGAUGCUCUUCUGAAUCUACUUGCAUUGUGGAAUAUGGAAGAGCUGUGGACAUUAGCUACUUGCAGUACCUGGGGGAAGCUCAAGAUGCCAUCCUGCAGUGCCUGAAAGAUUGCAAGGUUUGGUCUGCCUUGUAUGAUGGAGUAAACCCUGAUCCGGACACCUUUAUCCAAACACUUGCUGAGGAGAACAGUACAGAUGUGGAACACCCCAUGUUUCAGCUCCAGCAAAGGACAGAUAGCACAUGUAGCUCCUCUCAAGUAACUUCUUCUGGUGAGAGGAUGCAGUUGGAGCUAGAAUGGGAUGACAGCUAUGACACAGGGAUUUCUCCUGGCUCUGAUAGAAGCUCACCACAACCAUAUGAUGAUCUGGGAAGCACAGAGAUGCAGCCACCUGCAGAACCACCAAAACAUAUUCAAGAAAUGAAAAAAAAUGCCAUCUCGCUCAUCAAAGGAUCUUACAUAGAGGAAUCAGACUUCCAGGAUGAUGUUAUGGUUUACAGGUUGUGUGCUCAGAAGGAUACUCAAGAUACUGACAACUCCAAGGAGAAAACUUUAAAUGCAGUCAGAGAACAUGGGGUCCAAAGCCAGACUGGAGUCAAUGGGCCUGUUUCAAAGAGCCAGCUGAAAGUGGAGUUGGAUGACCACAGUAAGAGAAAUUCGAGCUUGACUCCAAGUGUAAUGGAAGAACAAACAAAUCAGAAGGCUGUCGAAGUUCAUGCACAGCCAGACUUGGAGUUGAAACUUUCUCCUCAGGGGACGGAUCGGAGCUUAAAUGUAAGAUUGCUGAGCACAGAUGGUGAGGAUUUCAUUGCACAGUAUGACAGAAUUAUUAAGGAACUGGAUGCAAACAGUGCAUGCUUGGAGGAACAGAAGUUGGAUACUCAGGACAAUAUCUCUCCUGUGGAAGAGGAGGAGGACUUUGAGAAUUUCUCAACAGACACUCCUUCUGUAGAGAGCAUGUCAUUUCCCUUUGGACCAAAGGAGGAUGUCUCUCCCCAGCAUGCUUCAAGGAGCCAGAGCGCUCCAUUUACAGGACCAUUCAUCAGCGUAGUGUUGUCGAAGCUGGAGAACAUGCUGGAGAAUUCCUUGCAUGUAAAUUUGCUGCUUAUUGGGAUAAUUACUCAGCUGGCAAGUUAUCCACAGCCUCUUCUUCGCUCCUUUCUGCUCAACACCAACAUGGUGUUUCAGCCGAGUGUGCGGUCACUUUAUCAGGUGCUGGCAUCUGUGAAAAAUAAAAUUGAAGAUUUUGCUUCCACUGAAAAAGACUUUCCAGGCCUCCUCCUGGAGGCCCAACAGUACUUGCUCUUUCGUGUGGACAUGUCUGAUGCUGCGGAAGAAUUGCUAAGCGAAGGCAACGUCCAGCACAGCAGCAACCCAGGGAAAGGAAGAAACUUCUCUGAAGGUUAUCCAGCUGUAUUCCAGCCUUUCCUGGGACAGAAAGGAAAGAAAAGUCUGGCUCAUCCCAGCCUUCCUGCACAUCCAGUCCUCUGUGGUGUCACUGAUUCCUGUAGAAGUUCUGCAAUGGACACUUGUAGGUCAGCUAAGAGAGAGUGACCUCCUAAAGGACUUCAGCAACGGGUAGAUAAGAUUGUCAUGACAGCAUCUGGUGUCAGCUUUUGAUUCGUGAGCAUUUUCCUUGGCCCUCUGUUUGUGGAUGGUUACUGCUGAAAAUCUGCACAAAACUGUCCUUAAUUCACCCCGCCUAAUGCUGUUGCACAGAUGGCAUCUGCAAUCAGGAGACCAGGGAGCACUGUUGUAGCUAAGUAAGAUUUGAAAGUUGGGGUCAAAACCUCAAUCUUAAUUUCAGAGUUCCUAGCCUACAACACAACCACACUCAGAACAGCCUCCUGGUGUGCAAAAUAUUCUGACAUGGAACACUUCCUAGUCGGUCUCUGCCUUCUAUCUUGCAGACCCACCUGUCCUGUGGCAUUUGUCCUUACAAGAGCAGAUACAAAAUUCCAUGGGGUUGUUGAUCCCAUCCCUUUGUGCUCUCCAUCCACCACUGCUAUGCAAAUACAAACCACAGCUUUUUGCCCAGUGCAAAGCUCACUUGUGAGGUAUUUAGUGUUUGCUUUCAGCUCCAUUUAGGACACGGGGAGGGUGGUGGUUGUGAUUAUGCUGCUGUAUCAGGCCCUUGGCAGGCAAAAAAGGAUCUGUCGUGGUGUAAGGUAACUGAUGAGCCCCUUAAUGCAGGCUGCCAUAUUGGGAGCAACGUUAGCUGGUCCUGCUGAGCCUUCUCAGUGCUAGCUCCUAUCCCUGCCAGCUACCCCUGCUUUGAAGUUGGUUCUGGUAUCUCCACAAAUGUUAGAAACAUUCAUCAUCUUGAUCUCAUUUCACUGAAACCACUUUUUUCUAUCAGAAAGAAAUUUACAUUUCGUGUGCGUCUGCAAAAGGCUUCUUUAAAAAUUUUAGAAGUGACUGUUUCAUAAUAUAGUGCAAAAUUUAUAGACUACAGCUGCUGCUCCUUCCCUUCCCUGGAAGGCAAAGAAUAUUACAAGGAUGCCUUUUUAAUCUUUCUUGUUAUCCAUUGUGUCUGGCAGGUAGUGGGGAAAAUAGAUUGAGGUCUAUGGUAAAUCAUAAAAUCAUAUGAUGAUGGGGGGUUGGAAGGGACCUUAAUGAACAUCUAGUUCUGCCCCCUCCUAUCAUGGGUAGGGAUACCUUCUCUGUGCUCUCCUCUCUCCAAGGAGGGGGCAUCCACAGCUUCUCUGGACAAGCUGUUCCAGUGCUUCACCAUCCUCAGAGUAAAGCAUUUCUUGUUUUUAGCUCAUUUAAAUCCACUCCCUUUCAGUUCAAAGCCACUACCCCCAUCUUAUCCAUGCUCUUGCAAUGCUCCUAAACAAGGGACUAUUUAAAAGUUUGCAUGGGCCCACCUCUGAAGGCUGCCACGAUCUCUCUGGCUGACUUCUCUUCCCUCCACUGCACCGACUGCAUCACUCAGCUUGGUGGCACUGGCAAGUUUGCUGAGUGCACUUAACACUACUGUUUGUGUGGCUGACACAGAUGAUAAACAGCCUUGGUCCCAAUAUUGACCCCUGAGGAACAUGACUUGUCACUGGUCUUCACCUGGAUAUGGAGCCCUUGACUGCAACCCUUUGCAACCAGGCAAGUUCCUUGCCCACUAAGUGAUCCAUCCAUUGAAUCCAUGUCUCUUCAAUUUAGAGACCAGGAUAUUGUGUAGGACAGUGUCCUGUGCUUUGCACAAGUCAAGGUAAAGGAUAUCAGUUGCUCUUCCCCUAUCUGUUUAAAGACCCAACACUGCAGUCAGAUAGAACUUGGCUCAUGACUUUUAAGGUUUGGUACCUUAUUAUCUAAGUGUAAUUAAGAAGGAAGAGAGUGGCUAAGAACAAGCAGCCAUUAAAGUGACAUUUACCUGCAGUAGCUAUGCUGCACUGCAGGAGUGGAGAUCCUGCCUUCUUUUAAAUACAGCUUAAUUAUUACUCUUCCAAAACCCUUGGUGUUUUGCUGUUUUUUUAAGAGGCACUUGCUACAGCAGAGAGGAAACUCAGCACAGCAGCAGCAAGCUGUGCAAGGAAAAGCAUUAACCUUAGAGAACCACCUUUUGGAAACAACUGUGUUUUUCUAAUCUGAGGGAGUAGCUUUACAUUAAGAUUCAAGAUUUCAUGCAGACGUCCUUGUGCCUUUUCGCUUCUUGCUGCCAUGGCAAACAAGAACAAACAGAAUUCUAAAAUUUAAAGUUUGCUGUGUAAUAGAAACCUUUGACUGCACACUUACCUGGAAACUCACCACUGUAAGUAAAAAUGGUACUUUUUGCUCAUGAUACGAAAAACAACAGUAGGAGUCUCUGUGUGAAGGUCAGGUUAUCCUGAGGAGGGGUGUGGUGACUUGGGGUUUUGGAGAGGUUUUCAAGGUUUGGGUGAGGUUUUUUUUUUGAAGGGUCAGAGAUUCUGAUUGCUACCAUGUUACUGCUAUUUGCCAGCUGGAUGAAUUCUGAAUUGCAAAGUUCUAUUUAUGUGAAUAAUGGCUGUAACAUUGUAUUCAUUAAAUGUAUUUGAAAAGCA